AUAUGAACGCAGGUGUGAGCACGCGCACGCAUGAAAAUACAGAGACCGUGAACGUGGAUCCAUGGAGAAAAGGAGGGACCAACUGUAUUGACAAACAAGAGCACCGACAGUUGUUUAACGACGGUAAAUUAGGCAUAUCAUACAGGCUGUCUCAGAAACACACUGUGGAGCCUUAACAUAGGAAUGGGAGGAAAUAAUGCGAUAGACUAUUCUUUAUUUCAAGCUCAUUGAGCCUUUUUGACUUUUUCCUGUCGCCUAUAUUUUCCGUUGGCUUAUUGGCGUGCUGAGGACACGCCGGUGUGUGCGCUUUGUAGAGUACUUACGCAACACAGAUUCUCGGGAACGAGUUCACGAGGCAAGGACGAAAUUAAAGCAGGCAUUUUUGUAUUCCAUUUUUGUCUAAUCCCACUGAUUUCUGAAGGGAUUACCGGACCAAUCAUGAUUGAGAGACCGCUGGCUCGCCUGACUCUGCCUGGGCCGGGAGCUGUUUAGUCAGCGUGUGAAGGCACAACAUCAGCCUCUGGAGACUCAGGUCUGUUUGGUGUUCUGUUUUACCCGCAGGUCAAAGUUCCUCCGUCUCCUUUUUUUGGGCUUGUGACCGACUUGACCAUCUGAAAGGCUGAGCAGGUUUCGGGAUGGACAGUAACUUAAAUAUGUGGCGUUUUCACCAGAAUUUAUGGAAUUUAUGGAGGAUGUCCAAAACUGGGAUUGUGUUUUAAAGGAUACGGUUUUUAGAAACACAGCUACUCUGUUCAUUGGGAUCUGUCUGGAGCUUUCUGUGGUUCCUGCCAAUGGAGGGCAAGGGCACUGCAGAUAAUAUCGAAGAAAAAUCCAGCUCUCCUUCACCCCAAGGGCUUCCCAUUAACUGGGGACUCAUCACUGGCCCUGUUCCUGUCCCAGAAGUUGUUUUCUCAACACCUUCUUUGAGCACCCAGCAUUCUCUUCCUCAGAGUUCAGCUGUGCACUCGCUGCAAACCAAGGUGAAGUCACUCACACAAAGAAGAUCAAGAGGGAGAGACAGAGAGAAAGAAAGACCAGACACAGAGGUGCUGGGGUGCAGUCCAGGCGGGCAGAUUUCAUCUGAGGUGCUUCUCAGACAGAGGCCAAGAGGAAAAUGUCAGGCGUCUCUCCCUGGCCUGUCUUGGAGAUCAGGUUCUGCCAGGAAUUUAAGCAGCAGUGAUGAUGACGAAGAGGUAGAGGUGCAAGUCAGGUUGGAGAUCCACAGCCCUCCAGCUGAAGCACAAGGGGGGACUUUGUUCCAGGGGACAUUAGAAGCUGAGGAAAAAAAUCAAGUCCAGGUCAGUGUUCCUACAAGUGAACAAUAUGGGCUUGGGGAGGGUACCAGUCUAGAGAGCCUUUUGUCUGAUAACUCAAGCAGCAGCAAGGAUGAUGCAUCCCCUCCUCCACCACCUGUUGUCUCAUCCACCUCCACUGCCAUCUCUACUUCUACAACUUUCUCCACAUUUUCCAAAUCAUCCAGACACUGGGCACCACCAAAGGGCUUCUGGAGAGUAGCACGUCCAGAGACACUUCUUCUAAAUGGAGUUGGUCCUCAUGGUGUGCCCCCACCUUUACCUUUGUUGGACUAUACAAAAACAGAAACACAGGCAGAACAUCAGAGGAAGAAUAAAUCUGAAGAAACAGGCACAGGGUGUGAUUUGGGAAGAAAUGUGGUGGAUGACAGUAAUAUAUCCUCAGACAUUAAGCACUCAGACAGUCUGGACAGCUACCUGGAGAGGUGUGAGCAGAAGGAGGCAGACAAAACAGAAGCUGCCAAAGGACUGUGCAGUUCAGACAGCUGGGAGAGUACAUCCUCGCAAAGCGGGGUGCUUUCAGCUGAUGAGAAAGUAAGGGUGAAAGAGAGGGCCUAUGCAAAGUUAAGAGAAAGACAACAAAAUUGCAGAGAAGAGAGAGAAAAGAGUGGAGAAAGUACCAGUCAUUGCGAGGAUCCUGCAUACAAAGCAGAUUGUAAAGGUGCCUGUGCAGUUUUUGACAACUCAGACUCAGCUAUUCUUUCUCAGGAGCUUGAACCCUAUCUGAGGUCACUUCUUGUGAUCAGUGACGAACUUCCUCUUAGCCCAAGACAUGAACAAGCCAAGCUUCUCCUAGAGCGAGCAAGACUCAAGGCUCGCUCGAAUCACAUUAAAGGUGAUCGUUUCUGCAGACGCUCCCAUUCUGAUCAAAGAAAUACAACUAAGAAGCAGCAAGUUGAAUCUCCCAGCCCAACACGAGUGCAGAAAGCUGUUCAGACCAAAGAUGAUCCCACAGUCCAAGCUGCUUCUGGUCCCCUCCUUGUCCCAAACCAAAGAGACACUUCCCCCGCCGAGCAAGGAGGUCGAUCCAGACGGUAUGGCUGUUCACCUACACGGGUACGCUUUGAGGACGAAUCAGAGAAAGAAGCAGAGUCUCGAUAUUUGGAUCGAGUCAGACAGCGUGGCAGGCCUAAGAGUAAAGAAAAUCACUCAGAUACCGGAAGUAGCAACUCAGAGAGGAAUAAAAGCCAUAGAAGUGUUUCCAUGCCCGCCUCACAAAAGCAAGAAGAUGUAGGUAUUGGAGGUGAGACUACAACAGUAAUAAAAGAGAUAAUAGUUCUGGUAAAGAAAUGUGAGGCAUGCGGCUCUGUAGUGAGGGAACCCCAACCAGUCUUAUCACCAUCAGAACCCCAGAACGCUGAGCCACAGCAACCAGCUAAUACUGAAGACCCGCGUGGCAAAUCAUCCCCUCGCUGGGUAUCUCCAAACAAACCAGAAACGAGCACUCGUCCUAAAGCUCCUCUCACUGUGACUUUUGCAGGAGCAUAUGUGCUGGGAGAAAAUAAAGAAAGUAGUACAGGGUGGAAGUCAUCAGGGUUUGGAAAACUGAGGAGAAGAAGCAGGAAAGGAGAAAGUAGGCUGGAAUCUGGCCAUGGCCCUUAUGGUCCGUCAUGGGCUCAGAGGCGGAACUCUAACCCCAGGAACAGGGUCAAUGUGUGCAGAGCUGUUUCCUUUGCCCCCGGCAGCCCCAUCGCUCUGGAGCCCCGUUUGUUGGAGGCGUCGGGUAGCUUAAGAGACUCUCCUACACCAUCACUUCCUAUAAAAUCAGCCCUCAAGUCAAGUUCAAGAAAUCGCUCUACAACAGGCCAGUCCACAGUUCAGUUCCAGGUGAUCUCCAACCAGGGAGUCGAGGGAGGGUCUCAGCAUUCAGCGCUCAUGGACUCUCCAGAGGCUAGAAGGGAGUCUCCAGUGUCUUUAGCCCAAGGGACCCCAGCCACCAGCAGCCCAGUGCCCUGUAUCAGACCCUCUACACUAAGGUACUCCCCUGCCAGGCUCACCACUGACCUGCCAGCAGCUGAACUCUGGGAUGCCACUCCAGAUGGAAGCGCAGGUCUGAGUGGUGACGCAGGUCCCGGUUCUGAGUGCCGUCCAGCUCUGCGGAACCUGGCUAUGUCUCGGGCUGAGGAUCUCAGAGCAGAACUGUUGAGGGCAGAACAUCUAAAAGCUGAAGCUAUAUGGGAGGAAAACUCAGAUGGGUCUAGAAAACUGGAUGGACGGCCAAAGCUCUUCUUGCGUCGCUUCUUUUCUUCGAUCGGUUUGAACAGUGUUGGUAGGCUUGUGAAAGGGGGCCGCUCCAGCAGUAUGGAACAGCUCAGUAUCCCGACUGCACCCCGGACCAACUCUGCCUCCCCAAGCCCCACCCGCAGACCACAGCCCACCAUCCGCAUUCAGAGGACACCCUCACUACAGACGUUGCACACUGUGCUGCCACUGGCUCAACUCCGCAAAGCCUCCUCUGUGCAGAGUUUAGAAAGAAGAACAGAGCGUUCAACAAUACUGGGAGAGGUACAGAUUCCAUAUGGCCUAGCACCCAGCCCUGAAAGCCCUCAGCUUGAGCUUCGCCAGGCCCUGAGUGUUGAAGAUGUACUUGCUUCUAGAAUUGUGCGUCCAGUUGGCCGGGUAACCCAGGCUUUCCCUGAUGGGACCCUCCUCCUUGAGCUCAUAAGACCUCCAAAUGGUCCCUUUGGUUUUGUCAUAUCAAGGGGCAAAGGUCGACCAGACACAGGUGUAUAUGUAGAGAAAGUAGGUGAUGGUGGCGGUGAAGGCCCCUACGUCGGUCUCUUGGGCAUCGGUGAUGAAAUUCUACAGGUGAAUGGAGAGGCGGUAGCGGGACUCAGUUUGGAUCAGGUAACACGGCUCAUGACCCGGGAAAGCACCGCCUCUCUUCGGAUCAUGCCGGCCCGACGCAGCCAGCGCUGACUGGGAAGAAGCCAACCUCCUGCGCCAUGGAUGACAGCUCUGUACAAACUGUACUGAUGGACUGAAUGUGACAUAGUCAGUGUGUCUCAAAUAGUUUCUUAUAGCUAAAUGACAUGUGACAUGAUCGAAAGGCUUGUCUUCCAUUUCCAAGUGCAAAAUCAUCAACUAUGUGUCGACACAUCAAACAAAUAACGAAACAGAUAACACACACGUAACAAAUUAACAGAAUCUGUAAAUGACAAAACUGGCAUCAAACAAAUCAAACAGCAGGAAGCAGUUAUUAGAAAAUGAAUUUUAGUUUUAUGUCUAGAUUUUUAGCUAGAUGUUGACAUAAUUAUUUAAGCCCAGCAUAGCUGGUGGGCAAGUUUGUUUUUAAUUGAAAAUGCUCAUGUUAUUGGAAAACAUUGGCAAAAUUAUUUUUUUCUGACAAUCAGAAACUGGGUAACAGUCUUGGCACUUUCUUUUCUCACAUGUAAAAUUGUAAUUACAUGUAUUUUGCUAAUUGUGACUUAUUUCUAAGUGAAAAACUGGAGCAGGAAAUAUUGCAAAUCACUGGAACUGAAACUAUUAUGCCAUGUAAUGUUACUGUCCCCAUUGUGAUUUGGGUUAUGAUAUUUAUGAUAUUUAUUUUUUGCUGAUUGAGAUUUAUGAUUUGUAUUCUAAAUGUAUAUUGCCCGAAACCUGAAAAGUAAAGCAAUAUUUGCACAACCAUAAAGAGGCAAAAAGGCAUUCUUUUAGAAAACAAACAAAAAACA